GCUACGUCCCACCAGUCGACAGCCAUGCAGGCUGGCCUGCCUGUCCCUCCACCGAGUAACGAAGCUCACACGUCAAGCGUUUCCGUCUCACCUCAGCCCCCAAGGAGCCCCAAUGCAAAACUAAAACAUGUGUCCAAAACCGGAUCAAUCUCCAGUGUUACUGAAGAAAAGCGUAGCCCAAGCUCUUACGAAGAUCCGCAAGAACGAUUCAUCGGCGAAGUCGACCUGCCUGAACACCUCGAGCCUUUGCUCACUGAGACAACUCGUCGCUUUGUGCUUUUCCCAAUACAAUACAAUGAGAUCUGGCAGAUGUACAAACAGGCCCAAGCUUCUUUCUGGUCCGUCGAGGAGAUCAACCUCUCGCAUGACCUGUGGGACUGGAAUUACAAGCUCACUGACAACGAGAGGCAUUUCCUCUCCUACGUGCUCGCCUUCUUCGCCGCGUCCGACGGCAUCGUCAACGAGAAUCUCGUCGAGCGUUUCUCCAACGAAGUGCAAGCUGCCGAAGCGCGAUGUUUCUACGGCUUCCAGAUCAUGAUCGAAAACGUCCACUCCGAGACCUACUCCCUCCUCAUCGACACCUACAUCAAGGACCCCGCCGAGCGCAAGUUCCUCUUCGACGCCAUCGAGACCGUACCCUGCAUCAAGAAGAAGGCCGACUGGGCCCUGCGCUGGAUAGCGGACGAGCGGUCGGUGUUCGCCGAACGCUUGGUCGCGUUUGCUGCCGUGGAGGGUAUAUUUUUCUCUGGAUCGUUUGCCUCUAUAUUCUGGCUCAAGAAGCGCGGACUCAUGCCUGGGCUGACGUUCUCGAACGAGCUCAUCUCUCGGGACGAGGGCAUGCACACCGACUUUGCGUGCCUCCUAUUCCACCAUCUCCGCCGGCGACCACAUCCGGCAAGAGUAGUAAAGAUCAUCACCGAGGCUGUCGAGAUCGAGAAGGAGUUCCUCAGCGAGGCCCUGCCCGUGUCGCUGAUCGGCAUAAACGCACAGCUCAUGUGCCAAUACAUCGAGUUCGUCGCAGAUAGGCUGCUCGUGGCCCUCGGAAACGAGAAGCAUUACAACGCGACGAACCCCUUCGACUUCAUGGACAUGAUCUCGCUCCAGGGCAAGGCGAACUUCUUCGAGAAGCGCGUCUCGGAGUACGCCAAGGCCAACUUCAACCACACGCUGUCUCGUGAGGGCUCGGAAAAGCCGGCCGAGGGCUCUUCCAACCACGUCUUUACCCUGAACGAGGACUUCUAAAUUAUCCCAUGGGCUAGUCGUGGUUUGUAUUGAUAGGAUGUCACAUCCCCACUCAACCGUGUAACCUGUAUCGAAUACUCUAGAGUUAGACUGUAUUCUAAACACUUCCCUAGUCACACGCUACGCUUCCUAUUAGUCCCUCCUGCUCACUUAUGCUCUACUUACUGUAAGACGC